AUGGCCACUGCAUCCAAGUUGGUGCUGAUCACAGGACUCCUCCUCGCGAGCCAUGAAUACCACGUCUUUCUAGGCUCCCGCGACCCAGCCAGAGGUGAAGAGUCGGCCCGCGUCCUCCGUGCACUUCCCGAAAUCAAGGGCACAUCCGUGGAUGCGGCUGCCGCGUAUGUUCAAGCAGAGUACGGUCGACUUAAUGUUUUGGUUAACAAUGCUGGUAUCGCCAUCCUGGAUGAGCCGCCGUCUCGCGAAUCCUACCGGAAGGUCUUGGAUGUGAAUCUGAUUGGCGCACUCAGCACCACAGAGGCUUUUUUGGAUCUGCUGCGGCAGUCGUUGGAGAAGCGACUCAUUUUUGUCAGUUCGAGCACGGGAUCGAUUACCCACGCUGCAGAUCCUGAGUCACCGUAUUACAGUCCUCGAGGGAUCGAGUACCGCACGGGCAAGGCCGCCCUGAAUAUGAUGAUGGUGCUAUAUUGGGUGAGGCUAAAAGAAGAGGGUUUCAAGGUGUUUGGGGCCGAUCCGGGGUUGUGUGCCACGAAUCUGACAAGAGACCCUGAGUCAUUACGGAUGAGGAAUGCGGCGGAGCCGUCGAAGGGGGUACGGAGAGUGGCGACUGUGGUCAAAGGCGAGAGAGAUGCUGAUGCUGGCAAGGUCAUUGGUGAUUAUGGCGUUUCUCCUUUCUGA